UUACAAAAAAAAUGGGAAAAGUGUCGUAUGAAGAAAGUCGCCAAAAGAGAGUUGAAGAAAAUAAGAAACGAUUGGAAGAUCUCAAUCUCAUUCAUCUUUCUCAAUCUCUCAAAAACCUUUCCCCCAAAUCGUCUCCGAUGAAGAAGGUUUGGAAGCCUCGGACAGUAGAGAAGAAAAUGGUGGCCGUUAGACGAUCCGCUCGAGUUGCUAAAAAUCCUGCCCCUGUUUAUGUUGAAGUUCAUUUGCCUAGAUUGUCCUCACCUAGAAAGACCUAUGGAGUAGUAAGGGGGAACUAUGGAGUAGCAACAGAAGAAGAAAGAGCAUCUACAAUUGAGAAAGCAGAGAAAUUGGUUGCUAAGCUUGAGGAGGAGGGCUACCCUACUGUCAUUAGACCAAUGCUUCCUUCCCAUGUCACUGGCUGCUUUUGGCUGGGUCUUCCUAGUGACUUUUGCAGGACGAGCUUACCUAAUAACGAUGCAGCAAUAACACUGGUAGACGAAGAGGGCGAUGAGUACCCAACUGUUUACUUAGCACGCAAAACUGGACUAAGUGGAGGUUGGCGCGGCUUUGCUAUGGCUCAUGAACUUGUUGAUGGGGAUACUGUCAUUUUCCAAGUGAUCAGUCACUCGAUUUUUAAGGUAUACAUUAUAAGGAGAAGCGACGAUGUCGCUCUAGAGGGAUAACUAGCUGCAACUGCAAACAUCUUUCAGAAAAACAAAUCUGCUCUUAUAGUCUAGUGCUUAGAUUGAGUCUUUUUCUAAAGUUGAUCAAAAAACUGAAGCAUCUCCUUGUUAAUACUCUAGGCUGUUAGCUAAUGUAACAAUUUUUCGAUAUCAGGUGUAAACCAUGAAUCAAAGUUUUUCUUGUUAAUAUUCUAGGCGCGUUUAGCUGAGCUAGUCUAGUACGGAUGGGAGUACUUCAAUUUCAUGAACUAUGAAAUCAUAUCAUAAUUUUGUUAUAAAACCUGAACAUGGAUGUGAAACCUUUUUGCUGAAGAUGAUUAAUAUGAAUGCCAACAUAGUGAUUCUGGUUUGCAUUGCACAUUUUUAUUACUCCCUUCAUGGCAUAAUGAACUAUAGAAUAUAAACUAACACGUGAAAGACAUAAACUAACAACAAAUCGUAAUAUGAAGUAUAAACAAACACUAAGUACACAAGAAUAUUAUAACACCAAAGUAUAAAAGAAACAUUGAACUAACCACUAGUUGACUUGCAACAUGUUAUAAGCUUCGCUUCCUAAGCACGAGAAUUAAUAAAAGUGAGUUUCAUGACUUUUUUUUUUUUUUUUUUCCGCAGACGGAUUAUUGGAUUUUUUUAGGAUAGCCCAUGGGCUUUGUCAUGGGUAAGCAUGUGGCCUUAUCUGGCACGUCCACAAGGCUCAUGGGCCAUGCUUGGGUCAUGGUUUUGUAAUUUCAGGUCGACCUAGCACAUUGAGUAGCCUUUGGGUUAAUGGUCUAGCCUGACCGACCCAAAGUCAUCUUUAACUAAGCAACGUUGGUUUCAAAAGAGCAACAAAUGCUGGCUU